UUUACGCACACCGUAUUUGUUGUUGUGCAGCAGCACUGUGAAAAAAUUUAACUACUUGCGUUAUACACUCAGCGAAUACAUAUUAGAGAUGAGCGAUAUUCGGUUAACUGCUACUUUUCACUGGUACUAUCUACAGGUCGUCGCAAAAAUCAACCAAUUAAAAGUCGGCUAAUAAAUCAUUAGAAGUGAUUCAUACUAUACUUUUUUGAUAACAUAUACAUUCGGGAUUUAACAGCUCGUGCAAGUUCAAUGUAAAUGCGAAAAUGUAAACAAAAGCAACGCACGCGCAGCAGCAACAGCAACAACAGCAACGAGAACAACAACAGCAACAACAACACCAAUAACAGCUAUAAUAUACACUCUGCCAUAAACUGGAUCUGACUGCCUUCCAGCUGGGGACCGUUGUCGUAUCCCUUCCAGUGGACCUGCAGCACACGGCCAGCGUCGCUGGCAGCGCCACAACAACGUCAGCAGUGCUGUCCUGCUAGUCGUGCUGUGUCCUGACGCGCGCGCUACACUGGCAAAACUCAGGGAAAUAUUUCCACAAGCACACACAUACACACAUACACACGCACACAUACGCACACAACACAGCGUUGCUUUACCUUUGCCAAAAAAUAAAGAAAACACAUACCUUCACAUGGCCUGGCCAAGAGCCGUCAUCAAAUACGAGCGCAAACUCUACGUAGUGGAAAUGCUGCGGCCAGCGUCAACGUCAACGUCAGCAGCAGCCGCAGCAGCAGCAACAACAUUUGGUUGCUCGUCUAGUGUGUUGCUGUGUUAAUUGUUAUUUAUGUAUAGUAGUGUAUAUAAAUUUGUGUGAUAUUGCAACAACAAUGAGCAAAAGUUGUGCAAAUGCAAAAGCAUAGCAGCAAUUAAGUCAGAGCGAGAGAGAGGGAGAGAGAGCGAGCGAACUGUUUUUAGACGGCGCAGCAAAGUCAAAAAAAAAGAAAGAAAGUUUCAGCAAACCCAAACAACGAGAACAAACGGUUUUGCAACAACAACAACAAGCAACCACAGCAACAACAGUAACAACACUUAUCGGGUCCAAUGUUGCAGCAAACAACAUGCAGCAAACAACAAUGGCAACAGCAACGAGAACAAAAACAACAACAGCAGCAGCAACAACAACAGCAGCAGCAGCAACAACAACAACAACAACAACAACAUACAGCUAAAGCUCAAAGCUGUAAGAACAUGCGCCUUGGCAACAUGCGCCUUAGCAACAUGCUGCCAGCCAGCAAUAGCACAACAACAACGAUAGAUUUUAACAGUCGCCGGCGACGCGGUCGUCUACGAAGCGCGGACAAAUGUUGCCAACAAGUGCCAGCAACAAACGCAAAUGUUGCUUAUACACAACAACAACAACAACAAACGAAACCAAAACAAACCAAACACCAUGCAAAGCUUUUGUUAUCAAUAAUGUGCGCGUGCAUUGUCGAUUGUGUAAAUAUUUUAAAACGCUUAGUAUUAUUAACAUUAACAACUAACAAAACAAACAACAACAAUAACAACCACAACAGGCACGCCCAUAGGCGUGUUCAGCCGCUUUACUGCUUACCGCUGCUUUUGCUGCUGCUGCUCUGCAGCGUCCAGGCCCACAAGCCCAAAAGCGCCACUCAGCACAAGCAGCAACAACAACAACAACAGCCGGCACAAAACAACGAUGUAACGUUUAACAACAUGGCCGACGUGCCGCCCACUUAUCAAGUGAAAUCAUCGCAAACAUCGAAUGAGGACGAAGCUGAAAUUCUCUAUCAGUCCUCGGAAAUGUUUGGCGAGGAGGAGCUGGACCAGGAGGAGGGGCGUGAGCUAAACGGCCGGCAGGAUAAUGUGCCCAAUCAACACAGUUCCAAUGAAACGCUAACCGACAUUUCAAACACCACGAAAACGCCACUAUUUCCAAAGGACCUAUUCACGAAAGAACAGCUUGAGAACGGCGCUGUCAUCCUGCACAUUAUCGGUGUUAUAUACAUGUUUGUGGCGCUGGCAAUUGUCUGCGAUGAAUUCUUCGUGCCUUCCCUUGACGUAAUCAUUGAAAAGCUCGGCAUCACGGACGAUGUGGCCGGCGCAACGUUUAUGGCGGCGGGUGGCAGUGCCCCGGAGCUCUUCACGAGUGUCAUUGGCGUUUUCGUGUCGUUCGAUGAUGUUGGCAUUGGUACGAUUGUUGGAUCUGCUGUCUUUAACAUUCUCUUCGUGAUUGGCAUGUGUGCGUUAUUCUCGCGUACGGUCUUAUCGUUGACCUGGUGGCCACUAUUUCGCGAUUGCUCAUUCUAUAGCAUCAGUUUGCUGGUAUUGAUCUACUUUUUUCGCGACAAUCGCAUCUUCUGGUGGGAGGCGCUCAUCCUGUUUACCAUAUACAUUGCCUAUGUGACCUUCAUGAAGUGGAACGUACAGGUGGAGCAUUGCGUCAAGAAGAUGAUUACCAAAAACAAGGUGACUCGCGUCCGAAGUACAGAUCAACUUAUGCCAGCAGGUAAUGCGGCAAACUCAUCGGAAACGUCAAUGGCCACACAGCCGGGCGGUUCGGUGACAUCCCGAGCGGCCAGCGAGACCCGUUCGGGUCCGGCCGGUUCGAGCAAUGCGGGCGCUACAGGUAAUAGCAGUGGUGGGACCGCUGGUAGUACACAGACCGGUGCAAAAUUCCGUCAUGGCCUAUUACAGCUAAUGAUACACACGAUAGAUCCACUACACGAUGAUGAUGUUCCAGGCAAAGUGGACGAGAAGGCAACCCAGCUGCAUGCCAUUGCCUCGCUUAAAGUACUGCUGGAUGCCACCAAGCCGCAACGAGGUGGCGCCACCACCUCAGCGGCCAAUCAUGUCAAGAUUAAUCUCAAGGAGACAACAUUGGCCGAUCGACCCAAUGGAAAUAUCGAUACCACGCUCGAUUCGCCAUCGUUAAGUGGUCGACGUCCUAGCUGGAUUGAGCAGAGGGUCAAAAUUCAGACACGCAAAUUUAGCAUCAAAGCGCCUGAAAUAAUCGAGGACGAUCCGGAGCCCCUGAGCAUGGCCUGGCCGGAUACGGCUCGCAAGCGGCUCACCUACGUCCUGGUCGCCCCACUUCUGGUGCCCAUGUGGCUAACGUUGCCCGAUACGCGCACUCCGCGCGGCAAACGUUUCUUUCCGGUCACCUUUAUAGGCUCCAUCGUGUGGAUAGCCGCCUUUUCCUACCUCAUGGUUUGGUGGGCCAAUGUCAUUGGUGACACAGCGCGCAUACCCCCAGAGGUUAUGGGCCUUACAUUCCUGGCGGCAGGUACAUCUAUACCCGAUUUGAUAACGUCGGUGAUUGUGGCGCGCAAAGGUUUUGGCGAUAUGGCUGUGUCCAGUUCGGUGGGCAGCAACAUCUUCGAUGUGACUGUGGGCUUGCCGAUACCCUGGCUGAUCUAUGGGAUUAUCUACGAUGCGCCCGUUGAAGUGAACUCGGUGGGCAUGGUCUGUUCCAUAACCAUAUUGUUUAUGAUGCUCGUAUUUGUGGUGCUAUCAAUUGCCUGCUUCCGUUGGCGCAUGAACAAGGGGUUGGGCUUUACCAUGUUUCUGUUGUACUUUGUCUUUGUUGCCGUUUCGCUGAUGUUCGAAUAUGAUUUGAUCACUUGCCCCUUCUAAACACCACAGAUGUGGGCAAAAUUGCAGCAACAGAACACUGCAACAAAGACAAAUGUGACACACACCUUCACACUCUCUCUCAUAAACACAUAUACACUUACACACACGUACAUGCGCAAACCAAUUAGCUAAAUUUAUAUACAAAACAAAUUAAUGAAUUAAAUUAACAAAUUGACUAAGCUAAUCGAAUUGUUAAAAACAUGCAUAAAUCACGACACACACGAAGAAGCAAACUUAAAAACUAAACAAAAACGAAUACGAAUGCGAUGAGCAAAACAAAAAGCAAAAACAACAAAAGUAAACUUUAAUAAAAUAAAA